AUGAACUGUGUGAAAUGCUCCGCGCGCGAGAGCCCGUGUGCGCCCCCGAUUGGUCAUAUCUUCCUCUCUGGGAGACACGGUGUCCUUCGUGGAUAUGCAUCAAUAGCGGAACUGAAUGUUCACGCAUUGAGUCAUUUUCUUGUUUUCCCGGGACUCUUUGGCGGCUCCUCGGCUUACAACGAACGCGGCUGGGAGCAGUGUGCUCUCGGUGCCAAUGGCAAGCUCAAGGAUGCCAGCGAGAUUGACUUUGGCGUUGACCCUGGUGUGAACGAUGAAGUCACCCCUGUUGCAUCAGGCUCCCGCAAGCGACGGGACUCGACGAAGAACAAGAACCGUAGUGCAUACAAUGCAGCAAUUCUUGCGGAACAAGAAGAAGAUGAUGAUGGACUCGGAGCAUCAAAGCCGCGACGGAAACGGAGACGAACUGCUGCGCGAAAGUCGAAGGGCAAAGAUAAGGUAUCAGGUGGGAGCGAUGAAGAUGCGGGGGAUGAAUCCUAUUCGGGCAGUGGUAGUGAGUCAUUGUCGGACAGCGGGCUUGACGAUACUGUCACAAAUGAAGAGCUCGCUGACUCCUUGCCUCAAAAAACCAUUCCUGAAGGGAAGUCUCGGAGCGGCAAGCCCAGUCAGCCAAAGAAGAAGAAAGCGAGAUUGUCAACACCCAUACCGCCGAUUGUUCCGCCAGCGCCAACUCUGCUGAAACCCGCUCGACAACCGACUAAGGAGACGAAGAAAGCAGCAGCACGGUAUUUCUACGAAGAAGUCAACGUCGAGCGCAUUACUCUCAUAGGUGAAUUGCCCACCACGGUCACGGAAUGCAAAUACCAUUGCCGUCACUGCAUCUCUGGUAAUGGUGCCCCGCAUAUCAUCAAAGUGUCCACUGGGCAAAAGGGCAAUUACAACAAUCUUUGGAACCACCUUGCCGCCUGCAAACAAACGCUUGCAGGCGUCAAACAGUUGGCCAAGGCUGUUCGAGGCUGGAAUACUCCCAUGACACCCGGUGAAAUCGAGAUUGCAGAGGGACGAAAAAUAAUAAGCACUGACGAGUUACAUCAAAUCCUUGCAAAUUCGGGUGCCUCAACGAGUGACAUCAAUUCGCUCGAAGCCACGCGGGGGGAGGCAAAAGAAGCUGGGUUCAUGGGACCAGAAAUGGUUCAAGCAGCUUCUAUGUGA